CAAAUUUUCGUUCAAUGAAAUGAAAUAACUCGCUUUUUAUAGGAGACGUGUAACAAUAAUUUAUACUCGAUAACAAAAAAUACAAAAUUAUUCCCACUCAUAGUAAAAAUUCAGCUGAUCAACUGGGAUCCCAUACAAUUGCCGUCAUGGACAAAGAUAAGAAGGUGCAACAGGUACAGCAGGACACCUCAGCCACGACAUCGAACGAGGACCAGGACAGACCGUCUGGUGGCAUGGAGAGAAAGCCUGGACAGCGACUCUGUUACUGCAAGCCCGAAAGCACGCCGAAGCCGUGCACCUGCAAGACAAACCGAUCAGCUACCAACAAGGAGAUCAGCACGAACACCUCCUUGCACAACAGUGUUCAGCAGGAUGCGUCUGUGCAGCUAAAUCAGGAUGAGUCUGUGCACCCCAAGCAGGAUGAGUCUGAGCACCCCAAGCAGGAUGAGUCUGUGCACCCCAAGCAGGAUGAGUCUAUGCAGCCCAAGCAGGAUGAGUCUGCGCAUCCAAUGGAGAAUAAGCUGCCGAAGGAGUUCCAGAGGCAAAGUUUGACGUUAUCCGAACGUUCCAGCAUCGCAUUGAUCACCGAAAAAUCGAAAGUUCAGAAAACCGAUUCGGUAUUUCAGAAGAAGGUGGUUUAUGCCACCCCCACUCCCCCUGAGGAGGAGGUGAAGGAGGAGGAUCAUAUAGGCCGCAUCUUUGGCGUCUCCGGGCCUGUGGUCAAUGCUGAGGAUAUGGCCGGCGCCGCCAUGUACGAACUGGUCCGUGUGGGCCACAGCAGUCUGGUGGGCGAGAUCAUUCGGCUGGAGGGCGACAUGGCCACCAUUCAGGUGUACGAGGACACGUCCGGCGUAAGUGUCGGCGAUCCCGUCUACCAGACGGGCAAGCCCCUGUCGGUGGAGCUGGGCCCUGGCAUUAUGGGCAGCAUCUUCGAUGGGAUCCAGCGGCCGCUGCGAACCAUCAGCGAGAUCACCGAAUCGAUCUACGUGCCCAAGGGCAUCGAUGUCCCAUGUCUGCCCCGCAAUAUCUCUUACUCUUUCGACCCAGAGAAGCUGAGGGUCGAUGACCUGAUCACCGGCGGCGACAUCUAUGGCACGGUGCACGAGAAUUGCAUGAUGGAGCACCGCCUGAUGCUGCCGCCUCGCACCCAGGGCCGCAUCAAGUGGCUGGCCGCCUCGGGCAACUACAGUGUGGAAGAUGUGGUCAUCGAGACGGAGUUCGAGGACAAGGUCACCAAGCACACCAUGCUCCAGGUGUGGCCAGUGCGACGCAAUCGACCCGCAGUCGAUAAGCUGCCCAGCAACAGUCCCCUGCUGACGGGACAGCGCGUCCUGGACGCUUUCUUUCCCUGUGUGCAGGGCGGCACCACCGCCAUUCCCGGUGCCUUUGGCUGUGGCAAGACCGUGAUUUCCCAGGCCCUUUCCAAGUACUCCAACUCGGAUGUCAUCGUCUAUGUGGGCUGCGGCGAGCGCGGCAAUGAGAUGUCUGAGGUGCUGCGCGACUUUCCCCAGCUAGAGAUCGAGAUCAACGGCAAAAUGGAGACCAUUAUGAAGCGUACCGCCCUGGUGGCCAACACCUCCAACAUGCCCGUGGCUGCCCGUGAGGCAUCCAUCUAUACGGGCAUCACCCUCUCCGAGUACUUCCGUGACAUGGGCUACCACGUGUCCAUGAUGGCUGACUCCACCUCUCGCUGGGCCGAGGCGCUGCGUGAGAUCUCCGGACGUCUGGCGGAGAUGCCUGCCGAUGCGGGCUACCCGGCCUACUUGGGCGCCCGCCUGGCCUCCUUCUAUGAGCGUGCCGGUCGUGUCCAGUGUCUGGGCAGUCCCGAACGCGAAGGCUCCGUCUCCAUUGUGGGCGCUGUGUCGCCUCCUGGCGGUGACUUCUCCGAUCCGGUGACCUCUGCCACGCUGAGCAUCGUGCAGGUGUUCUGGGGCCUGGACAAGAAGCUGGCCCAGCGCAAGCAUUUCCCCUCCAUCAACUGGCUGCAGUCGUACUCGAAGUACAUCCGCGCCUUGGACGUAUACUACGAGGAGACCAAUCCCGAUUUCGUCAAGCUGCGGGCCAUGGCCAAACAGAUUCUGCAGGAGGAAGACGAUCUGGCGGAGAUCGUGCAGCUGGUGGGCAAGUCCUCGCUGAACGAGACCGACAAGAUUGUCCUCGAGGUGGCCAAGAUGCUGAAGGACGACUUCCUGCAGCAGAACUCCUACAGCGACUACGACGCCUUCUGCCCCUUCUACAAGACCGUCGGCAUGCUCCGCAAUAUGAUGGCCUUCUAUUCUGCGGCGGUCGAGGCUGUCGUCAGCACGGCCCAAGAAGAGGCCCGUGUCACGUGGAAUCUGAUCAGGGAGCACGGCGCCCAGAUCAUGUACGACCUGUCCACGAUGAAGUUCAUCCAUCCGAGGAUGGGCAAGGAGGCCGUCGAGGAGGAGAUGAACGUUCUGUAUGACAACAUUCAAAAGACCUUCCACCAUUUGCAGGAAAACAUCGCCAAGUUUUAUGCCUAACAGAUGGCCAAAACAAAAAGGGAGGAGGGUGGUCUGGCGCUUUCUCAAAAUUGUUGGUGGAAAUGCAAAUGUGUUUUGCACAUUUCAGCUUUAGGGGUGAGACAGAAUUUUAAUCUGCGAAUCUGUUUGUUCUCUGUUGAAGAUUGAUUAAAAAUAAUCAUGAAUUCCAAACUUAUUAACACUCGGACCAAGAGAAUGUUCAAUCCAUUGGUCCUCCCACAAGCACUC